AUGGUCUCUCGAGCAGAUUUCUUUCUGCAAACUGCCGUCGAUUCACUUGCGCAAAGCCCUAUUAUACAGGAGAAUGUAUUACGGGAUUUACAAGCAGCUGUGUGGUGUGUAUUUUCGCUCUAUCAUUCGGGUGCGAUUACCAAGGCCGUCGUGUUGCUGGCGCAGGCAUACUCCCUAGCAUGCUUAAAUGGAUUAAACAGACUGGAUGAUCCUAACCGGAGUAUGCUGGCGACCAUACAGUUCUCCCUAUUAGAAGAGGAAGAAUGCCGCUGCACUAUAUGGGCCCUCUUUAUCCUCGAUCGGCAAAUAAACUACCUGGUGGGCCGCCACUUCGUGAUUGACGACAUGCUCUGGUGCGUGAAUUACCCUUUAGAUAACCGGUCUCUUCAAAAUGGUCUACGCGCAGACCGCGAGGGCUACGAUCGAGACCUUGCAGCACUAGCGUCGGAGAAAAUCAACGUUCCAAUCGGGGCUUGUUUGACUCGUCUAGUAUGCAAGGCUAACGUCAUUCUCGGCCGCAUUGUUACAUACAAGAACAUCAAGCCUAUGCCUAUAUGUGCCGACGGCGCCCAGAGCCGCCUGGCGGAAUUCCAUGAGCUCCAGUCUGCCCUCGCAUGCUUCUGGCUGUCCCUACCGCCCUACGUUCAUAAUAUUGCCGAAGUGCCACCUGAGAACGCCAGCCAAACUUUCUGGUUGUUGAUUGUUGCCCACACCUGCUCCACAAUUCUUUUCUACAUCACCGAGGUAGAGCGCCGCAGCCCCGGAGGUGCCAAUCUUCCGACCGAACGGGAGAAUUUUAUCUGUACCUAUAAAUCUGUGGACAAGGUUGUGGCUGGGCUUCGUCAGGUCUCGAGCCUCGCAAUCGAUGCGGUCUUGAACCCGAUGCUAGCACCGUCAUACUUUAUGUGUUGUCGCUUCAUUCUGGCGCAGUGGCGCCUGUCGCAGCAGGGGUCGUACUGCUUGGAUCUGAACCUCGUUUUAAAAUUGCUGGAACAGAUGUCCCAGGAACAGGCGCAACUGCCGCGGAUCUAUAAAGAUAUUAUUGACCAGGAGGCUUCCUCCUACCCCCUCCCUGCAAGAAUUCUCCAGAUCAAAUGGGAGCUCAACAUUCCAUCUCUGGAUACUACUCAACGUUUCAAAUGCAUCGCGGGAGUCUUGGGCGGUCUGGCUAUCAAUAUAGUCGCCACUCAGGACAUUUCGCGACCCAACGGUGUAUCCACCCAGUGGCUUUUCAAAAUAGCUGAGCGCCAGACGCCCAGUGUCACCAUUGCCCGGAUCCAGGGCAGUGGCCACAUAUUCAGAAUCAAUGGAUGGUUUCGAUGGGUCCUUGACCAGGUAAUUGACGGCACAGACGCGGCAUUCUACCGCCGUGCAAUUGCCCGUAGAGGUGCAGCCGGCAGGUCUUCUACCCCGAUACUUGGGUAUGAUAACUACGUGAUUGAUCCGUCUGAUUUCUUCAUGAAACUACAGCUUCCUGAAUUGGUCCUUUUGGUCUCAAGGCUCCCUGCUACCUACCGCCUUCAUGAGAUUGAGGUGCUGUGGCUAGAUAUCACCAUGCCUGGGAUUGAGAAUGGGUCAUUUCCCUUGGAGUUUCCUACCCGGAACACAAGCGGUGGAAAGGCUGAUCUGGCUCUCCAUGGAGAAAUCCAGGGCUGGACUGGCCGCUCGGGGUAUGUGCCUACAGCAGCAACAGGUGAUCCAGAGGGACCCUCUACUGAAGUCUAUGUUUUACAUGCGCAUGAUACAGCCCGAUACAACCCGUCUGCCGAACACAAUUCCCUUGCAUAUUACAGAUGCUACGGAGCUUGUCACUAA